UGGGCCUACGCCUAAAGCUUACCGUUCACAUCGCGCCGUUUUACCAACUCGCAAUUCGUAACUUCCGUGCAAAUCCCGUCGAGCUACGGGGUUUCUGACAGAAUCCUUCGCGAUUCCAUUUAGGACCUGUAAUGGAAGCUUUGAGCGGUGGCAAUGGCGGGUUGUGGGGUUGGAACUGGCAACCAAGACAGCCAAAACCCUCAAAUUCCCAAAGCAGAAGAUCCAAGUCCUCCGAUUCGGUGGAAGCAAACCGGGGAGCCGGUUACCGGUUUCCUAUAAAGCAGGCAGCGACGGCGGCCUCACUCGCCCUCACAGGAGACACAAUCGCUCAAAUCAGAGACCGUUGGAGAAAGAGAGAAGGAGACAGCUUGAAACGGCAUCGCUUCUUUGACGCUGAUGAGUCCCAAGAGGACAUUCUUCUUAACCAUGAUUGGCUCCGUGCCCUUCGGAUGGCUUCCUAUGGCUUUCUUUUCUAUGGUCCUGGUUCUUAUGCAUGGUAUCGGUAUCUCGAUCGUUGCAUGCCACAGCAAACAGUGCAAAACAUAAUGCUGAAGGUCCUAUUGAACCAAAUAGUGCUUGGUCCUUGUGUGAUCGCUGUUGUUUUUGCAUGGAACAACUUGUGGCAAGGGAAGCUUUCACAACUUCCAAGCAAGUACCAGAACGAUGCUCUUCCUACUCUACUUUAUGGAUUUAGGUUCUGGAUCCCUGUUAGCGCAUUGAAUUUCUGGGUGGUCCCUCUUCAAGCUCGCGUAGCUUUUAUGUCUAUGGGCUCCAUAUUCUGGAACUUCUAUUUGUCUGCGACCAUGUGCAAGUAGGCUCUCCUGGAUCUGGGUUUCAUCAAUUUUUGUGAUACCAGGUUGUGCAGCACAAGAUUUAUCUGUCUCGUCGGAUUUGAAGAGAAUGUCUUCUUUCAUUGGGGAUUCAUUAUUUCAAAUUCAGAAAAGGUACUGGAUUGCAAAAGCUGAAGAUUCAUUAUACAUAUGCUUCUUGAAUGAACACAGCCAGCCAGCCAUGGUGAUUUUUUUGAUGAAUUAUUUGAAUAUUUCCCUUGUUUA